AUCGCAACGUCAGUCAGUCGACAUCGGAACGGCGACAUCGAGGACUGGAAGCUAACUGUCGAGCUCUAUGGUAUCUUUUAUCGACUCGUCGCUCUCUGACGUAAUUAUUUUUACCUCAGCGCCUCGGCGCGUGCAGUGGGUGUCGAAUCACAUCGGAAAGACUUUGGAUACAAACAACACAUCGCCUUUGGAAAGCGACGCCUACACAGCGGAUAUUUUGGAUAGUUAGCACAAACAGCCGUCAUUCGCUUAUUUGAAAAUGCCACCUGACACGGGAAGAGACCCCUUCCCUGCCCAGAGAGGCCAAAAGCGAACACGAAGCCGCCAGAGCACAGUAGAGCCAGGAAGGUCGCGCUCAAAUACCGCAGCCUCCAAAUUUAGUCGUCCGCCCAGAUCCCGUGGUUCCACUGCAAGCAUUCAGUCAUGUAGCACACAAUACAUGCCUGAGCAACAAGUACCUGAAGGAUACGAACCUUACAUGCGUUCUCAGUUUGGGCCGUCGCAGUCGGUUUACCAUGGCAAUCCUGAAGAAAUGCUAAUGCGAUUUGGUGACCAGCUUGCCAAUUCCAACCCUGGGACCCUACUUGAUCCUGCCCUGCAGGAAAACCACAACUCUGUUAAGCCUCGUAUGGACGUCCACUAUCAGGGCCACGAUAUCCAUGUGCAUAAUGUCGCAGCACAUGGGCUGCCUCCAGAGCUAUCCCAACAUGGCAUGACGGGAGAGAUGCAUCCAACUCAUUAUCCGAAUCUGUUUGACGGUGUAGAAAAUCAAAUUCCCGAUCAUAUCAUAGAAGAUCAUGAAGGCUCCGAGCAAGGUCCCCGCAAGAAGAGAGGAACAAGUUCGUCAAUUGCAAAUGACAACGAGCUGAGAAGACUUCUUCGACAAUAUGACGGGUAUACCCUACGCCAAAUGGCCGCAGAAGUGCAGAAGCAUGAAGGAGCGGGUGGCAAAUCAGAGAAGGUCAAGCAGGUAUUCGCUAUGAUCUGGUUGCGAGAAAACUGUCGUAAAAGCACUGGAUCAGUCCGCAGGGAUAGGGUAUAUUGCUGCUAUGCUGAUAAAUGUGGGACGGAACGUGUCUCGGUUCUCAAUCCAGCAUCCUUUGGCAAGCUAGUUCGUAUCAUAUUUCCUAACGUACAGACUCGACGUCUUGGUGUUCGAGGAGAAUCAAAGUACCAUUAUGUGGAUUUAUCGAUCAUAGAAUCUGAGCCAAAACCUGAUGUGAACGGGAAAGACGUUGUGGACCAGACUACGGCAACUACCGGCGAAAACACUCAGGAGAGUCACAGGAUGAGCACAAGCUCUACUCAGAGUCAUUUGGAGACAACAAAGACGCGACUUGCCAACGUGUCUCACUCACCACAUCCUCAGGCGCGUUCACACUCUCAUCAAAACUGUGGAUGUCAUUCAUCUUAUGCUUCUCAUCCUGGCUCUAUUUCAGAUGUUGAUUUCUCAGCCAUGUCAGCCCAGGAGAAGCUCCAUCUGAUUCUUCACUUUGAGUCUGCAGAGGAAUCCCCUGCUGGCGAUAAUGAAACCUUGCAGCUACCAAGCAUUCAUAGCUACCUGCCGCCAGGGUCUGAUUCGGAUGUUGCUGGUGCCCUCAUGGCUCUCUAUAGAUCACAUUGCAUUUCUGUGAUCGAUAGCUUCAGGUUCUGCAAAGAGAAGAAUCUUUUUCGACACAUUUCCGCAUUUCAAGGCACCCUUACCGUCCCCGUUCAUAAGCUUCUCAUUCAUCCCGAUAUGGCUCCAUGGAUUGAGGAAUGCGACUGGCUCAUGUACCAGAAGAUGGUAGCAUUCAUUGCUCCUUUGACUACGCAAGUCGUCCCAGAACCCGUCGUAAAGGCCUUCACUUCAAUUUCACGGCGUCUUGUCCCACACAUUGAGGAUACAUUUAAGUCACAGCCCGAGCACGUAUCCACUGCGCGCCUCGUCCCUGCUCGUCUCUUCUGUCACCUUGUGAAGCGGAUGUUGGAAGUGAAUCAGUCUGCGAAUUCCGCAGCGGCCUGGCUCUGCCAUAUUGAAAACCGAACAAAAAUGUGGGAGGAAUUCCAUUCAUUCUUGAAUAUAACGGACAUGAUUUGCAAAGCAAGAAUUCCACGUUGUUCGUUACAAGGAAUCGUUGAUAUCUUCAAGGAACAUGUCAAAACGUUACUGAGUCCUCUCGAUGCACCCCCACCCGAAGUUGAGCUCUAUGAUCAAGAGUUGGGAUUCCAGAAGUUUACUUACACCACUACGGAAGGCCGCGACUAUACGAAUUUCCCAGAUCGCUGGAUCGCGUUUAUUCUAGGACUUCCAAAAAUGUUCCCAGGCCAUGCUCCUCAAUGCAUAAUCGACAGGGCAGAUGCCAUGUGGACGGCUAUUCUUCACCGAUUCACCCUCGAAGGUGCUGAAAGUUUUAGUGCUUGGUGGAUGACAAAGGUUUUCUUUAUGGAAAUGAUACAAUGGCAAGCGGAAAAGGGAGGAUUUAUGCACUAUUCUCCAAAAGCAUUACGCCAGUUUUUACUAAACUCGGAAUCGGCCACGAGUCAGCCCCCGGCGAUCCUUGAGCAGACGAACGGUACAGCGGACUCUUCAAUUGCCCCAAACCCUGAGAAUGCGGUGACAGCUACGGGUGAAUCGGAGGUGGUAGUCGGACGAGGUAGCUUGAAUAAUGAUGAUAGCGCUAUCGCUUUGGAUGACGAUUCCAUGCUCCUUUCCGGAAGCAAAUACGCCGACAUGACAAUUUCAGACCCGGCUGAUGCUGAAGGUGAUGUGGUGGUUGUUUGA